ACACACACACACACACACACACACACACACACUUGCACCUUUAGUCUCUUACUACACACAGCGACUGGUCCUGCCCCAUGUUGUUCUGUAGGUUUAUUUUGUGAGUUUAUGACAUUAUUCAUCAGCAGUAAGUUUAAUAAAAACACUCAGAUUACUCCGGUUUAAAAGGUUUAACUUUAUAUUCUCUUAUAACAACAGGUCAUACAUGUGUGGAUGUAUUAUUUAUGAUGCAGUGUAUUGCAAUCAUCAUCCUUCACUAAAAGAGCAGGAUAUCAUCUGAAGCAAGCAGCUGCAGAGAAAUAUUAAAACAAUGGCAUAAGCUCCGGUUUAAACACAACACGUUGCACCUCAAUGGGGGCAUUUACGUACUAGCAGACCCCUCCCUCUCUCUCUCUUUCUCUCUCUAACAGAUGAUGAUCUCCAGGUUCCAUAGGCCUAUAAGGAAACCUAAUUCCUAUUUCAUUGGUAUUUUAAACAAAAACCACUAGAGAUCAAAGCCUUUAAACAAAUGUUUUGUGAUCAAUUACAAAUUCUUAUCUUAUGAUGAUUUAAGAGUGAAAACUAUUGUUUCUCAUAUAUGACUAUUUAGCAGUAGUUCUUUGUAUUGACUGUGGGUGUCUCUACGUCUUCAGCUCAGGUAUACAUUUUAGGAAGUCACUGACUGGGUCAGAUCCCGGAUGAUGUUGUCAUCAUAAUCUGUGUGUUUUUGAUGGAUUUCACUGCUGGAUGCAAGUAUAAAGGCUUUUAAAAAGAAGUAUUUUUAUUGCAAUCUGCUCAGGCUGCUGGUCGUCUUUUAAUGUUGAUUAGAAAUUGUAUUGAAGUGUAUCAGCCAGGUCACUCCAGGAUCAAGCGUCUUUGUAGCUAAGUUCUAAACUGAUCUCAUUUAAUAGAUGGUUUGUGUAAAAUGUUCUUUUUUGUGCCUUGCCCAAAAGGGCACUGUAUCACCCUUUCACUGUCUAUGCAUAAAUAACUGCGGUCGAAGCUACUGCCCCCCAGCUUCUGUUCUCAUGGCUUCUUAAUUUUUAGCUGAAAAGCAAAGUACAAGUAACCACCAUGCAGAAAAUAACUAAGCGCUAAAGCUAUGACGGAAAUGACUUUGCAGUAAUGUUCAUGCUCAAACUGUAAAACUGUUGCUGCAAUUCUGACUUAAUGUGAAACAAAAAGAGGAACAAUGAGCUAUCUCUUUAUUUGGUUGGCUUGUUCUCCACACUUCAAUUCAGCAUAAGACGUGGCAACUGAUGUUCAGGGAAAGGUUCUUACUCUUCUUAUUAAAAGAAACCUACAAUGAUGAACUUCUCCACGAUGGGCAUCAGAGAUUUAAACAACACUGAUCAUCUUGAGUGUCCUGAGAUGUUUGACUUCAAUACCCUCAGUGGUGUUUUCUUCAUUUUGGUCUUCAUCUUAAGUCUUAUAGCCAAUGUUCUCCUUGUAUGUGUUGUUGUCAUCUAUGAGAAGGUGAAAAAUGUCACAAAUGUCUUCAUCCUAAACCUGGCAUGCGCAGAUUUGCUCUUCACCAUCACACUUCCAUUCUGGGCUGUCGAUCACAUGCACCACUGGGUCUUUGGUGAUUUCGCCUGCAAAUUCAACACUGCUGCGUACUAUGUUGGUGUGUACAGUAGUGUCAUUCUGCUGACUGCCAUGACUGUGGAUCGUUUCAUAGCAGUGGUGCUGCACAACUGGCCAUGCAACCCUGUAAGGAGGCAGAGGUGUGCAAAGGUUUUCUGUGCAGCUGCCUGGAUCAUCAGCAUUGCUGCAUCUGUGAGCGAUGCAAUCAAAGUAAAGGUGGUAGAUUGGGAGAAUAAUGGCAUUGGGUGUGAGGAGGAAUCUAAUGAAGCUGAUGUCAACCUGGCAAAUCAUCUUCAAGUGUUACUGCUCUUCUUCUUCCCAUUUGCCAUCAUAGCUUUCUGCUAUUCUGCCAUCCUCUGGACAGUCUUGCAGGCCUCAAACAGAAAAAGGUACAGGACUGUAGUCAUGGUGUUAUGUAUUGUCAUAGCAUUUUUCAUCUGCUGGGGACCUUACAAUAUUAUGUUUUUGAUUGCAUCUUUUCACGAGUUGAAAGACUGUAAUGCAAGAGAAAAUUUCUCCAUGGCCUUUGAAAUUUUUCGUAUCCUUGCUUUUUCUCACUGCUGUAUGAACCCUCUGCUGUAUAUGCUCUCACAGAAGUUCAGAAGACAUCUCAUGCAACUUUUACGCUGCAACAAACCCACAAGGUAUAUCACCAAGCGAGGCAAUGGCCGGAGCACUUCUAUCUUUCAAAACUUAGCCUUUAGAACACAAAGCUCUACAGUUAUGUCUGAAGUGCCGUCCAAUUAGACAUUCAGCUUUGUAUAACGUAUUCACGUGGUUCAGAAAGUUUGUGUUUAUGUAACGUUAGUUUGAUUUAAAAAAUGAUUUUGCACAUUUCCAUUAAGAAUCUAUGGCUCUGUUUCAAUUUAAAGUUUUUAAUGUGGUAAGUUAAUGACAAAUAUGUAUAGUCAAAAUGAAAAGCAUUUUGUGUGUAUAAUUGUAUGUGGCAAAGCUGUCACCCUUUAACAUACUUUGCCCUUUCAACUGAACUUUGCUUUGUUGUUACUUUGAUAUUUGAAUAAAGUGGAAUCUAAUUUCA